AUGGCUUGGUAUUUUGAUGAAUUGAUUACAUGCAGAUCAGGGGAUAAGAAUAAGAACCCAGGCAUCAUUUGGAUAAGAUCAUACUAAUACUAGCCGAAUGAUUUUCACCCUGCCACGAAGGGAAACCAUGCCAGAAUCACCGGCCCAGAUCAAGCAAGGACAAGGAGUAAUCACGAGUCAACACAUGGGCGCUCGUGCAUUUCCUCGGAUUUCCGGUCCCGCUCCUCGUCGUUGGUCGUUGCUUCCUCCCCUCCAACCCCGCCACUGGACCAGCGACACAUCCGGGGAGAAGAAAAGGCUCCCAAGAUCCGGGCAACGCUGACGGCGAGUCCGUAACCGCACAGCAGCGGUUAUUGGGGAUCUAGUGCUCCUGCUCCUCGACGCUGGCACUUUUCCUGCUCCAGCAUGAGGUCAAAGAAGAUGUUUGGUUUCUCCAUUUCUCUUAUCCUCAUCAACUUAGCCUCUAUAUUGGAACGAGCUGAUGAGAAUCUCCUCCCAGCUGUUUACAAGGAAGUCAGUGCCGCUUUCAAUGCUGGUCCUACUGAUCUGGGGUACCUUACAUUUAUGAUGAACUUUCUGAAGUCCAUAGCAUCUCCCGUGGCAGGUGUCCUUGCUCUUCACUAUGACCGCCCUGCAGUUCUUGCGCUAGGGACUGCCUUCUGGGCUUUAUCAACAGGAGCUGUUGGUGUCAGCCAGUAUUUUGGGCAGGUUGCAUUCUGGAGAGCUGUAAAUGGUUUUGGACUUGCCAUUGUAAUACCGGCGCUUCAAUCCUUUAUAGCUGAUAGUUACAAAGAUGGCACACGUGGAGCAGGAUUUGGUUUGCUAGCACUUAUUGGUUCAGUAGGUGGUAUAGGAGGCAGUGUUUUGGCAACAAUCGUGGCUGGAGGAGAUUAUUAUGGUUUGCCAGGAUGGCGGCUUGCAUUUCUAUCGGUUGCAUUUGUGAGCUUUGUAAUUGGACUUCUUGUAUACCUUUAUGCAGUUGAUCCUAGAAAAACGUCUCCAAGCCAUUAUGGCAGUGAUGAGGACAAUGAGAGGUCACAUUUGGUUAGCAAUGGUAUCCUUCCUCCGCAUUCCAUCUGGAAGGAUUCAUGGAUGGCAGCGAGAUCAGUAAUGAAAGUGCGGACGUUUCAAAUCAUUGUAUUGCAAGGCAUUGUUGGCUCUUUACCAUGGGCUGCUGUAGUUUUCUUCACCAUGUGGUUUGAACUCAUUGGUUUCGACAACAGCAGCUCAGCAGCACUAAACAGCUUUUUUGCUAUUGGGUGUGCCAGUGGAUCAUUUCUAGGUGGCGUAAUAGCUGAUCGCCUAUCAAGAUACUAUCCAGAUUCUGCUCGAAUCAUGUGUGCUCAGUUCAGCGCCUUCAUGGGCAUCCCUUUUUCAUGGAUCCUCCUUACAGUCAUUCCCCAGUCUGUUGAUUACUGGUUGGCCUAUGCUGUCACGCUCUUCUUAAUGGGCAUUACCAUAAGCUGGUGUGCAACUUGUGCAAACAACCCCAUGUUUGCGGAGGUUGUCCCUCCCAAGCACCGCACAAUGAUCUACGCCUUUGAUCGCGCAUUUGAAGGCUCAUUUGGCUCAUUGGCUGCACCUGCUGUUGGCAUCGUCACAGAAAAGAUUUAUGGCUACAAUGCAAAGACUAUUGAUCUAGCGCAUGGAUCGGUGGAUGGAGCUUAUGCACUUUCGAGAGGUCUAUUGACUAUGAUGAUUGUCCCUUUUGCUCUGUGUCUCAUGUUUUACACCCCAUUGUACACUGUGUUCAAGCGUGACCGAGAAAAUGCUAGAUUGACCAGCAUCAAAGAACAGGAGCUCAUAUGAAAGAUGAAAGCAGUCUAGCAGAUGAUAGAAAUUACAGGCGCAAGGGGAAUUAUGGAAACAGGAUGAUGGCCUAUGAAUGAAGCUUGCAAUAGGACAAGGAAAAUUGUAGUGUUUAGAAGCUAUAAUAUCCUUUCAUGCUGGCUUUUACAGCACUUGGUAUCCUUAGGAACAUUUUAUAUAGCAACAGAUUCAUCUAAGUUCAAUAUUUUUAUUCCAGAAGUGUGCCAUAUAAUGGCUUGUUUAUAUUGUUGAAUGAAGCAUGGUAUUCAGGCUCCAGUAUUGUUCCAAGGAUUUGGAUAUAUAUUUGUUGAUUGUAAAAGCAUCCUGAUAAGCAAUAAUUCUUCUAUUUGCAGGUACCAGGUAUUUUGCUGGUUUGAUGGGGAAAAGGACUGUAGGACGCAGUGUGGAAGGCAGGCAGUAAGCUGGAAAGAGCGGAGCUAACUGCGUGGUUGUUUGGUGAACUGGUUAUAUUUUACCCUGGUACUUGUAGAGCAUAAGAAUGUCAUUUGCCCUAAUAGAUAUGCUUUUCUAAAAGAUUAUACUGUAGAAUCUGCAGAUGAUUUGAAACAAGCUGGAUAAUAAAUUGUGACUUAUUUUAA